CUCCCCCAAGGUGCAAGGCCCAGAGAUAAGGCAGGCCAGGCCUUGCUGAGGAGGGUGUGUACCAACAGAGAAACAGGAAGCUGUGCUUAGCCCGGCUUGCCUGGAGGUUUCCAACUCUGGUCAGGUGUACUAAAGUCCCGGCAAGAGACACGUUCGUUCUGAGCCCUAGCAGCCACGCUGCUCGGCAUAAAUGCUUCAGACUGUCAAUAACUGAUGUGUAGAGAGAAGUAUGACUGCAUUACAGCUUAAAGAGCUGUCCCACUCAGGUCUCUACCGGAGAAGACGAGAUCGCCCCGAUAGUGUGAGACUAAAUGGGUUACCGGAGGAAGAGCUAAGCAACAUGGCCAAUGCCCUGGCCAAUGCCACCUGUGAGCGCUGCAAGGGGGGCUUUGCGCCCGCCGAGAAGAUAGUAAACAGUAAUGGGGAGCUGUACCACGAGCAGUGCUUCGUGUGUGCCCAGUGUUUCCAGCAGUUCCCAGAGGGACUCUUUUAUGAGUUUGAAGGAAGGAAGUACUGUGAACAUGACUUUCAGAUGCUCUUUGCUCCUUGCUGUCAUCAGUGUGGUGAAUUCAUCAUUGGCCGAGUUAUCAAAGCCAUGAAUAACAGCUGGCAUCCUGAGUGCUUCCGCUGUGACCUCUGCCAGGAAGUUCUGGCAGAUAUUGGAUUUGUCAAGAAUGCUGGGAGACAUCUAUGUCGCCCCUGUCAUAAUCGUGAGAAAGCCAGAGGCCUUGGAAAAUACAUCUGCCAGAAAUGCCACGCCAUCAUCGAUGAGCAACCGCUGAUAUUCAAGAAUGACCCUUACCAUCCAGACCAUUUCAACUGUGCCAACUGCGGGAAGGAGCUGACUGCUGAUGCCCGGGAGCUGAAAGGAGAGCUGUACUGUCUGCCGUGCCAUGAUAAAAUGGGGGUCCCCAUCUGUGGCGCUUGUCGACGGCCCAUUGAAGGGCGUGUGGUGAAUGCUAUGGGCAAGCAGUGGCAUGUGGAGCAUUUUGUUUGCGCCAAGUGUGAAAAGCCAUUUCUUGGACAUCGACAUUAUGAAAGGAAAGGCCUGGCAUAUUGUGAAACCCACUAUAACCAGCUAUUUGGUGAUGUUUGUUUCCACUGUAACCGUGUUAUAGAAGGUGAUGUGGUCUCUGCUCUGAAUAAGGCCUGGUGUGUGAACUGUUUUGCCUGUUCUACCUGCAACACUAAAUUAACGCUCAAGAAUAAAUUUGUGGAGUUUGACAUGAAGCCAGUCUGUAAGAAGUGCUAUGAGAAAUUUCCGUUGGAGCUGAAGAAAAGACUUAAGAAACUAGCUGAGACCUUAGGAAGGAAAUAACUUCCUUUCUUUUGUUUUUUCUCUUCUGUGCAAAGAAAAGAGAUUACCAACAUUACUUGACUUGGUCCACCCUGUUUAAAGCUGUAUCUCAAAAUAAUUGAGAGUGAAGAGGGCCUAUAUGAAUGGUUUUCUUUAUCUCCUUUUUCUCAUUAAAAAAGAAAAAAAGCUUGUGUAAUCAUAUUUAAAACACAGAUGAGAUCAUGAUGCUUUUGUUAAAUACCCUAUCAGUUUGUUGAAAUGUAGACUAUACUUAACAGCAAAAACACAUGGUUAAAUGUUACAUGUUAAUCAAGGUCCAAAAAAAUUAAUUUAACUUUUAAAAAUGAAAAUAGGGAGUCAGCUUUCACAUGACUCAGAUACAAUAGAAACAUUAUUUUACUUUGUAUUUGAAAGAAAAUAAAUUCCAACAGCUGUUGGGGAGGAUAUAAGGAAGAAAAAUAACCAACCAAGAAAAACAAAUCUUGUAGAAUGUUAGUAUGUUUAUCAAACUAGUAGUUAUAAAAUGAAUAUACACAUUACUAAGACAAGAAACAAGUGCAUUCAAAACUACUUGAUUUCAUUUUUUGUUAAAUUCAAUAAUUACUAUGCUUAGUUUUAUAUUUUGUUCUCCUUGUGAAACUCUUCCUUCAUACAGUUACUUAACAUAGUAGUUAUAGCUAGCUAAUAGUAUGCCUUUUUAAAUUUUUUGCAAAAAAAAAUUUAUACUAGACAUUUGAAAAUUCAGUACACUUUACAAUAUUGGAAAAAAUGAAGUAUUUUUUAAUGGAUUACAGCAAUUAUGCUUCUAAGCUUAAGGUCAAAGAUGUAGUCUUAGAAUAGGACACAAAAUUAAAUUUUACGUAGCUUAGAAUGUAUCGCUUAAAAACAAGUGAAUUUAUAUGUAUUGGUCUUCUUGCCUUUAUAACCAUGCUGACUAAUAUCUGUGCUUCAUACAUAAUCAAACUUGCCUUGCCUUAGAAACAUACUUAAUUCAGGAAUCCUAGCUGUUUCAUGCAAUACCAAAAAUAAGUGCAUUGAUUGAGAUUUGUAAACCCAAAUUCAUUUGCCACCACUAAGAUGAGAUUUUUUUUUCCUCUCCUUUUUUUGGGAAACACGUUGAAAUUAAUUUUUGUCAUCUUAUUAAAAGAAUGAUAUUGAUAUGUGUUUCAAGUUUUUCAUUUCAAAUCUCAUAAUUGGAUUUUAUUUAAGUAGGAGGUAAAAAUGACAUUUUUAAAUUGGAAGGGGAUGUUUAAAUGUCAAUUUUAGAUCUAAAGUAGUGAAUCAUUCUACCUUAUAAAAUGUUUUUUAAAAGUUUAUCCUGAAGUUUCUAGACCAUUCUUUCUUGGCAAACUUGUUUGCAAUGCAAAUUUUGUGAGUAAUUGUUAAAUGUUGCUGCUGCUAUUUUUCAUUUAAAAGUAAGUUCCCAAGACAGACUUCUAAGGAGGAAAGUAUUGGUUUUUUAAAAAAUUGCUGAAAUACUGUUUUGCCAUUAAAAAAAAAAAAACACCUCAGGAUGCUACUCACUCUGCCAUUAAAGUAUUUGUAUGCAUGUAUUUUUUAAAAGUUUGUGCAUGCACUUUACGAGAGUAAAUUCUAUCUUGGUUUUCAGAUAACUUAUAACCAAUUAUUUUUUAGUGUUCUUUUAGAGUUCAAAGAAUUAUCAAUGAUUGAAAAUAAACAAUAUAUAGUUUAAGACUGUAUGUACUCAGAAGUUUAAAACAGUCUUUGCAUUGGACAGUAAGAAUAAAAUCCAUCUGUGUGCCUUCGUCAGCUAAUAUGUAACCAGCAAGGAAAACCUUGAAAGUAUUUAUUAAAUACUAUACUAUGGAUAUAGGCCAAAUAGUGCAGGCUUUGGCAGUUUGGGGUCUUGAUGCUAAAUUCUCAAAUACCCCUACGGCAGAAAUAAGGAACAGAAGAGCAGCCAUUUACCCAUAGUCUUAAUCAUUUUGAAGAUGCAUGAACUCAGCUCAGCUUGUUUACGUAUCUUACACAGCCAGGCCUCUCCUAUAGCCAGAUGUCCCACUACUGUCUUUGCUCACUCUUUUAAAAUAAGAAUUGGUAUUUCCUGGAAGUUCUAAUACUCUAGGGUAUUUUGUCUAGAUGCAAUACUUCCUUCCUUGAUAAGGGACAUCAUUGGAGCCCUUACCUGUGGGAAAGGAAGAGGAAGUCAAAAAGUUGCAAGUGGAAUAGAAGACUUGGUUGAGUUCAUAAUACUUUUCAUGGGGUUUUCCCUGGCUGUGGAAAAACUCAGGCUAGUAAGCAUUUCUCUGUUUAAAGUCCUACAAGGCAAUUUGAAAUAAUUCAUUGUUCUUACCCAAUUUCUAAGUGCUCUUUUUCAUACCAAGCCUAACAUAAUUGGGGGAAAUGUCUGAGUACAAGUAAAACAUUCUUUGGAUCAUGUUCAAAGCCUUAUUAAUAUCGUACCUAAAAUGAUAGGUCAUUUUGCCUCACUUGCCAAAAUAGCCAUUUCUAAGUUAAGGAAAUUUUGAGGUAGGCUUACAGCAUUAUUGUUGUAUUUCAUUUUAGAAUGUAAGCUCGAUGGCAGGGACACUAUAUUGUUAAUUAUGUUUUUGUAUAGCAACCAUUGCAGUAUACUCUUGGUGCUUAAUAAAUGUUCAUAAUUAUUAAGACUAA